GUUAAAUGAAUUAAGCCUCAAGUUCUCACUCCAGAAACCUUUAUAAUUAUAAUGGAACUGCCUACUCAACAGACAACAUGAGAGUGUAUAGUAAAUCUCCUAAAAAUGCAUAAUAAUACAAUAAUAGAUAUUAACCCUGUAUUUAUUCCACAAUGAACAAUAUCCAAAACUUGCAAUCUCUCAAAAACUAAAUAUCCUAAUUAUAAUCUGUUUUAACUCAAUAACACCGAAAAAGUAGUUUCACAAGAUCCAAAGCAGACUCCUCGGCAAACAUUUCAAAUGAUAGAUCCUUCUACACUAUGAUUAAGGAAUAGUUGAAAUAGGUUAACAAUUUACACACCGUUGAAAAAGAUUAGAGCAAUCAAAAUAUCAAUCAAACUACUCAAUAACCCUAAAAGGAUUAAGUAAACAACAAGAAGUUAGAACAAGAUACAGAAAAACAAUCUAAAAACAUCACUCCUUAAGGUAGUGCUGUGAAGAAUCCAAGCAUCUUAAAAGAUACUACAAAUAAUAUGAUUAAGAGUGAAAAAUAAUAAGCAUUGCGACAAUUGCUAUAUCCAGCGAGCGAGACUAAAGGAGAAAGGAAUACAAAGCCAAAUAAUAAAUUAGAAGAUUAGCUUCGAGUGAGACUUCAAGAAAAGUUGACGUAUUUGGAAUAGAAUAAAUAAGAAAAAUUGACUAAAUUAGUUUAAGGUACAAUCUAUUAAUCAAUUUUAUAGAGUUUAAGAAUUCAAAGAAAAUAUUAGAGGAGGACUAUUAAAAUUAGGUUUAAAAUGAGAUUCAAAUAUUUGAAAGGAAACUCAGAAAAUUGAUGAUGUCAUAAAAUAAGGAUAAGAAACUAAAAAGACUUAAAAAGAGUAGUUUGUUAUUGAAUUCUAAAUUAAAUCAAGAGUCACCUUGUAUGGUAUUGUUUGCAAUAAUUUGAAUAGCUUAGAGUUCAUCAUAAUCAUCAGAAAAUGAAAUUAAAAGUUCCUACAAUUUAUUGAACACUUUCAAAAGAUCAGAUAGAACCCAAUUAAUCAGUAGUUUUAAAAAAGAUUGUAAAAUUUUGAAUUUCAAUAUUUAUAGCUUCCAUAAAUAAGGAUAAAAAGCAGAAGGUCCGAUUUGAAAAUGAAUAAGGCACACGCUUUAAGACUGAAACAGAAAAUAAUUGA